CCUAGAAAAUGGAAGCCCUCUCACUUCCUCAUCGCCGUCGCCGGCGUCUACCUCCUCCUCAUCUCCUUCAAGUUCCGGCACUUCCUCUCGAUCGACGGCGGAUUCAGCGGCCUCGAUCGCCCCCAGUUCAACUCCUUCUACCACGAAACCCUAGACCGCAAGCUGAGUUCGGAUCCGAACCAGGACCCGCCUCCGAAGCCGGUUAAGGAAUCUCCGGCGGUCCUACGGCGCAUAUCGUACGGUCGGAUCACCAGCGAUGUACUCCGGCGGCGGAAUCGGCGGUUCAAUUGGUCAGGUAAUCUCACUGUGCUUGAAUCCAUGGUUAAAGAUGCUUGGAGUUUAGGCGCGAAGGCGUGGAAAGAGAUUGAGAACUUUAAAGGUGAGAACUUGAGCUUUGUGGAUACCGAAUCUUGCCCGUCGUCGGUUACUAUAAAUGGAAAGAAGUCGGAAUUGGGGUUGGAGGCCGACGAAGUGAUGGUGUUGCCUUGUGGACUGGAGGUGGGUUCUUCGAUUACAGUGAUUGGGAUACCUGAGAAUGCUCAUAAGGAGUAUUUGCCGGAGUUGGUUGCGAGAGGAAAUGGGGAUGGGUCGGUGAUGGUGUCACAAUUUAUGGUGGAGUUACAGGGUUUGAAGGCGGUGGACGGAGAGGACCCGCCGAAGAUAUUGCAUUUCAAUCCGAGAUUGAAGGGGGAUUGGAGUAAGAAACCGGUUAUUGAGGUUAACACGUGUUAUCGGAUGCAAUGGGGGAAGUCAAUGAGGUGUGAUGGGGUUUCCUCCAAAGGCGAUGAUGAUGCAGUCGAUGGAUUCAACAAAUGUGAGAAAUGGGAACGCAGUGAUACUUCUGACUUGAGAGAAUCCAAAACAACUUCGUGGCUGAGUCGGUUCAUAGGUCGUGCAAAGAAGCCAGAGGUGACGUGGCCUUUUCCUUUUGUAGAGGGCAAGCUGUUUGUCCUGACUCUUCAAGCUGGUAUGGAAGGCUAUCACAUUUAUGUUGGAGGUCGUCAUAUAACUUCAUUUCCGUAUCGGCCGGGAUUUAUUCUUGAAGAUGCAACGGGUUUAGCAAUCAAAGGAAAUGUCAACAUGCAUUCGGCAUAUGCCACUUCUCUACCAAAAUCUCAUCCCAGUUUUUCAGUUCAGAACGUCCUGGAAAUGUCAGAAAAGUGGACAUCCCCUCCUCUUCCUCACGCUCCUGUCCAUCUCUUCAUUGGUAUUCUGUCUGCUACCAAUCAUUUUGCUGAACGCAUGGCCAUUAGGAAAACCUGGAUGCAGUAUCCUGAUAUCAAAUCAUCAUAUGUGGUUGCACGGUUCUUUGUAGCAUUGGGUUCAAGAAAGGAAGUAAAUGUGCUGCUAAAGAAGGAAGCAGAUUAUUUUGGAGAUAUUGUUAUUUUACCAUUUAUUGAUCAUUAUGAGCUCGUGGUUCUUAAAACCAUUGCUAUUUGUGAGUAUGGGAUUCACAACGUUACUGCUGCGUACAUUAUGAAGUGUGAUGACGAUAACUUUGUUCGGCUAGAUGUUGUACUAAGGGAAAUUAAUAGAAUUGCACGCAAAAAAUCUCUUUAUAUUGGGAAUCUUAAUCUAAUGCAUAGACCUCUCAGAAGUGGAAAAUGGGCUGUUACAUAUGAGGAAUGGCCAGAAGAGAUUUAUCCACCAUAUGCAAAUGGACCAGGCUACAUAAUCUCAAACGAUAUCGCAAGUUUUAUAGUCUCCAAACAUGCAAAUCAAAGCUUAAGGAUAUUCAAGAUGGAAGAUGUAAGCAUGGGCAUGUGGGUCGAAGAGUUUAAUGCUUCUACCAGAGUUCAAUAUUCACACAGCUGGAAAUUCUGUCAAUAUGGGUGCAUUGAGAACUACUACACUGCACAUUAUCAGUCCCCUAGGCAAAUGAUGUGCCUGUGGGAUAAAUUAUCGAGGGGACAGGCUCAAUGUUGCAACUUUAGAUAGCAGGCAAAGGGGUUCUUUUUUUUUUUCAUUGAAUUCGAGCUGCGGUUGCUGGAGUCGAUGCAUUUCUGGUGCAAUUAUCCAUUCAUUUACCAUCAGAUGGCUCAGGGCAGCAUCUUCUUGCAGCGCAUUUUUAGUUAUAUAGUUCUUCGGAAGUUAUAUCAUUCUUCUUUAGGUUUUUUUUAUAGUCUGUACAUCGAGGCACACAUCACUUGUAUUGGUCAAAAUGAGCGGAGAACAGGCUAUAUCCAAUACUUUGGCCUAUUUAUUCAAAAGUACUCUGAAUGUUCGCACGUGUGUCUUUGCAUUUUAGUCAGAAGACAUGCUUUAGUGGUUCCCCAUAUGUUAAACUAGCCAAAG